UGUAGCUUCUCAUCCGGCGCUUCCCACUCCAGACUCCUCAAGCCCACAUCCAAACCAUGCACCUCCUCAAGAUCGGCGCCCUCCUCGCCCUCGCGCAGACCCUCAGCGCCGCGGAGAUCAAGAUCCGGACGACCAACCCGCCGGCCAACUCGUACGUGUCGCACUGCUCGGUGAUCCUCGAGGACGAGCUGUUUGGCUGCAAGGGCUCGUCGAAGCCGUUCAAGAAGUCGUGCGGCCGCAACACGGGCGUCCAGACCAAGUCCAUCUGCGGCGACGCCUCGGUCACCGUGGACUGGUACAGCGCCGUGCUGACCUUCGAGAGCGCCGACGGCCGCACCGCCAACUGCACGCUGAGCUCCACCGAGACCGAGGGCCACUGCAACACCGACGACCCGGACGCCUUCCCCGUGGAGCAUAACGGGGCCGGGCGGUUGUUGGGGCCGCGCACUGUGUUUUUGGGCGUGGCGCCUGUUGUUGCGGGGUUGUUGCUUUGAGUGAGGUGUCCAACCUGGGGUAUUGUUUUGGUGGAAUGCUAAGGUCUGUUUUUUUUUUUUUCUGUUUGGGUGUGAGCGAGAGCUGAUAAGUGGAUUCAGCUAGGGCUCUGUACA